UAACAUCCACAUGCAGAGUCUCUGAUCAGUCAGAAGUGAGACUGAACGGCGCUGACUGCACAACGCGAGCAGUCUGAAACUCUCCUGCAGCUCCUCUCAGUGUGUGUAUGGGACACAACCCUCCCAGACACCAGGGCAGCUCACUCCUGACAACCCCUCGCCUCAGAUCGACUCCCCGGGCGGUAGGCAGCAACGCUGCGGCGGCUCGGCCCCUCUGCUUUGCAGGAUGUAUCAAAAAACUGUCAUCCUUCUGUUCUUGAUGGGGAUGUUGAUGGUAGCAGUGGAGAUGAAGAAAAAUCGUCCUCCCGGAGCCAUCCCACCUCUUUAUAAGGGAAAUACUAACAGCUCAGAGAAACGCACACAUCGGAGGCAAGACGUUCUAGCUUCCAGUCAAGAGGCACUGGUGGUAACGGAAAGAAAGUACUUGAAGAGUGAUUGGUGCAAAACCCAGCCCCUUAGGCAGACCAUUAAUGAGGAUGGCUGUGUGAGCCGGACUGUCAUCAACAGAUUCUGCUACGGACAGUGCAACUCCUUCUACAUCCCCAGGCAUGUUAAAAGGGAUCAGGAGUCCUUCCAGUCCUGCGCCUUCUGUAAACCACAAAAAUUUACUACCCUGACUGUCAAACUGAACUGCCCUGACCUGCAGCCUCCCUUCAGACACAAGAAAAUCCAACGAGUCAAGCAGUGCAAAUGUAUAUCAGUAAAUGUGAAUGACUGGAGCAAGCAGUGAGAUAAGAUAAACAAUCACAACCUCCCCAGUCUGUAGGAAAUACUCCCAACUCUCAAUGCUGCCAUCAGAUAGAUACCCAUCUAAAGCAAGCACUGUACAAAACCUGCCCUAAUGUGUGAGUAUGAUUUUUGUUUGAAUGUGGCCAAACUUGAGCAGGAAGCUUUGAAUUGGGCAUGCUGGCACCCAAACAUUGGAUGUCUAUAAUUUUUUUUUGCAUAAAUGGGUGUAAAAUUCUUUUGAAGAGUUUUUUUUUAAAACAUUGAAUUCUAAUAUUAAAAGCCUCCCAGCCAGAGACUCCACAAAUAGUUGAAACACAGUCUUUAUUCUACAGACACUAUUCUGUCUUUAAAGUUUUUUUUUAACAGUCUGGACAUUUUCACUUUUAGUUUACUCACUGCUGUCGCCUGCUAUAUGAUACGGAUAUGGUGCCAAAACAGAUAGGAGACUUUUUGAUGGUUCACUGCAGAUAAGAGAAUUUGAACCGCUUAGACUGUGGACAGACAUGUACUGUGCUCCUGGAAGCACAAAGAUAGAGCCUGGGACUGAGCCAGCACUCUGCACCUCUGGACUGCUAGAAAUCCAAAUUUUCAGCGGUUUUAUAUGGGAAUAUUCUGAUCAACUUGCAUUGAAGAUAAUAGUAUAUAUUUAAUUAUUCAAAACAUUGUUUCAUUAUAGCUUUCCUUUGGUUUCCGCCUUCCGUAUUUCAGUACUCAAGAUCAUACUUUUGUACAUGCAUGUAUAAAUUAACGGCACUUUUCCAACAUCAUCCCAUUGAAGCUGAGCAUAGCAAAGGCACUAAAAGACAACAUUUCUUUUUUAAAUGAUUAUUGUUAAUAUAUGAUGGAAGUGUAAAUUAGUAGUUAUUGGUGUAUGCUCUUUAGUUUAUCUUUUGUAAGCUGCAUGUGGACAGUAUUUUGUUCUGAUGAUUCAGAAGUGCCAGUGAUCCAUAUUUUGGAAGUCUCACUCCCUUGUAAUUUAAUGCAGUGAAUCUGAUGUGUGAAUUUGGUGUGUUUAGUACCACUUAGAAAUGCCAGUAGAAAUAUAACCAUUACAAUGUCAUUAUAUUACUUAAGGGUAAAGUUAUUGGCAUGAACAUUUUUACUCAAUUAAGUCCCAGUGACAUUUCAAUAUACCAAAUAAUACUGCAGCUUAAACAGAACAUUUGGAAAAAAAAUACUAUUUUACAAAUGAAGUGAUUUUAAGCACUUGGCAUCCAAGUUUCAGACUAAAAGACACCAGCAGCAAAAUGAUUUAUAAUUGAACAGUUUGGUUGGUAGAUAUACAAAAGCAUUUUUCACUGUCCACUGCAUCAAGUGUCGUUCAAAUGGUUUUGCAGUGUGGCUGCAUUUCAUAGAACGACACUUCACUUCAUUCUGUAUAGCAAUUGAAUGCUGCAUGAACAUAUAACAUACAAAGUGAUAGACCUGAGCAGACUUACUGACUGAGAUUUUGGCAUGAUUCUGAUGAGCUCAUUGUACUGACCGUGGUAGAUUGGAUGCUACACUUUGGUCUUUUGCAGUGUCAGUGGCUCACCAAACCCAAAUGCGACCCACAAAUUCUCAAAAUAGUUCAGCUUCUUCAUAACUUAAAUGUGAUCUGUGCAUCCAGUCUUCUUGCCAGAUUAGCACAGUUCUGCUCCAUUUAUUCUAACUAUACCAUAGACAAUGCUUCUUUAUCCAACUGUAGAAACAGCUAUGAAUUCAAAUUAUUUAAUUUCAACUCUUCAUUGGUUGAUUUAUGACAUUUUUAAAGCACUUUUUCUUGGUCACCAGAAGUCUAUCUUCCUUCUUUAAGCUGUGAGUAGAGAAUAAAGAAUUGUCCAGGGAGUUGGAUGUUCAUGUCAUGCAGUCUUAUUUGUGAUUUGACCAGCAUGCAUUCUGGUUACUCCUCUCCUACAUGAUGGGGAGCUGGGUCCCGUCACUUUCCAACUAACCUGGAGCUACUUAAUGAGAAAUUUCCUUUUAGUUUCUUAAAGUAUUUACAAUAGAUUUCAUAGAUAUAGGAUAAAGAUGGCAGCAUUACAGAAUUGUAGGCCUUUAUUUUAGUAUGCAUACCUGAUACCAUAUUAGCCUGCCAGUUCUAUUAAGGUGUCACUCAGGUAGAUAAACUGUGUUAUAGAAUGCAAUAUGGUAGUUAUAAUUUACAUGGAGGGGGGAGGUCAAGCAUUCUGAAUCUCACACCAAUACAUCAUUUCCAUUGAAUAGUAUUCUAAACGACUCUUUGCCAACAAUGAAGAGAAUUGAAGUACUCCUGUACAGAAUAACAAUACACAUAUUCUUCAAAUCUUGUAGACAACCUAAUAUUCAAAUGGUAAGAAAUUUGACAAUUCCUAUCACCACAUUUAAAUAUUCAUUAAUCACAUCUAAUACCUGAACCCAGUAGAUAUUGAGCAUACUGUUCUGUUUGAUACGUUUCAAACUACUAUGUCUCUGAAGUUUGUCCAACGAUGCAAAGUUCCUACCAGGGGUCCUGAUGUAUAAAAGCGGAUGCCUUGUAUUGGUUAGACAAACUUCCAAAGUUCUAUGGAUAUUAUCAAAAUGAAGAAAUGCUAUGAAACUGAGAAAAAAUGUUAUUUUAUAGGUAUUCUGUAAAUUAUAUGGAUAAAAUAAUAAAAAGUUCUUGAAUUAAAGGAAA